UUCCGAUGUUUAAAGCAAAUGUAUUUUAAGGCAUCCUUUACCUAAAUAUAUGUAAUAUUGAGUAAAUAAACGUUUAUGUCUCAUGCCCAUUCUUCCCCCAAUGCUGUGACGAUGCUGUGCGCCGAGGAAGGCGCGCGGGGUGAUUCCUCGAGGGGUGGGCUGUGGGCUACAAUGCGCGCUGCUGAAUGGUGAGCGCAUAGUGAAUGAAGCUUCAAUGGAGGAGGCAAGGAUGCGCGCGACAGCGCACGCGCCACACCCCCGCCUUCAAUUAAAACAUCUCAGGGUUCGUCUGAGUGAGAGCGAAGAUGGCGAUAGAGUGAAGGAGACCACGGGAAGAUGACAAGCCCCCUACAGACAGACGAACACGCACGAGCUCUUCACCCCGCCGCCUCGGAGAUGCCUGUGAACGAGUAAGACGCGGCUGCGUGCGAUGUGUUGUCAGGGAGAUGCGGGGUAGGUGAUGGAGUCUCGCGGCAUGUGCUUUAUCAUGCACUGUCUCGGUAAUUCAGACGCAGGUGUUUGCAGUGCAGAUUCAUUUUGAGCAGCAGGUGAAAAGGAUGCUUCGAGCCAUCAUGUAAACGCCGCGGUGGGGAAUAUUGCGGAGACCCGCCCGUGUGAGCUCGCGCUUUGUCUCCCCCUCUAAAAUAUGAUCACGGGCGCCUGGCGGUGUGGAAGGAAACUUGACGCCGAGUUAGAAAUCUGCCGCGUGACCGAACCCAUCGACAAGCCUUGCGCGGAGUCGGAGAAGGUGCAGAGAUGGCGCAUGAGCCUCGCGUCGCUUCUCUUUUUCACUGCGCUGCUGUCCGAUCACCUCUGGCUGUGCGCUGGAGGCAAGCUCCGCUCGAGAGACCGGACUCAUCGGAGGACGUGGAGCAACGCGAGUCACGACGCCCAGACGGGCCUUCGCGAUGAGGACUGCGGGGUCUUCUUGAGCAAUCUGACAAAAAACGGGCCAGACUGCGUGGAGGCUGACGCGCGACGCCGCUCGCCUCUGGAGUCCGCGUGCUCUACCCUUUACCGGCAGAAGAGCGGCUCGGUGAGCUCCUCCUAUUCUGUAACGGUGCCCACGGUGUCGCCACACGCGUUUUUGGAGUACUUCCGGAACUUCAGCUUGUCGUUUUGCGACGCGCUCACAAUAGCGGACCUGCUGGAAAGCAUGACCAGUCCGGACGGGCUCAACUGCAGCCUGACGCGCAUCAUUCGUGACCUGUUCAGCGGCGGACCGGAGGACGGGGACGCGUGCAGCGCUUGUGUUCAUGCGUACACCCGACUCGACCAACACGCUCAGGAAAAAUAUGAGGAAUUUGACGUCCUUACGCGCAAAUACAUGGCGGACGACUACUCAGUGCGCGCGCAAACACACCUGUGUCAGGCUGUGUAUAAAGCCUGGCUGUGUGCAGAAUACUUUCCAGUUCCUCAGCGACAGUGUGUGCGGUGGCUCCCAUGCCGGCACUACUGCGGCGAGGUCACUGCCAGCUGCCCCUUCAUCCUACCUGACAAUGACCGGUUGCUGUAUGCCGGCUCGCCCAGCUUUCUAUGUGCAGGGCUUCAAGAGGAGUAUUUGAGCAGUCAGGGUCCAGACUGCUGUGACGUCAGAUGGAGUGGAUGUGACUCUGCUGUAGGCGCUGCAUGUGCCCUGACGCACCUCCCGGGCUCCUUUUCUUUCCACAGGAGGUUAUCGUCGGGGGCCAUGUCAUGUACAAAUCGUCUUCAUGGCAGUAAAUUGAAACUGUGUGUGCUUGUUCUCUUCUUACUACACACAUUCAUCUCCAUAACAACACUGCAGCAUUGCAGCACUGGCUCCUUGGAGGCAAUAGUACCUCUAGAAGAAGUUCCCAUGAGGGAGGAAUAAGAGACUGGAACAUCUCCCUCUUUACUGGAAGGCGCACAUGCUGUGAAAGUGUGUUUGUCUGCCGUGCAUGAGACGAACCUUACCGAAUGCCUGGAAAACACAGGAAGUCUCGCCACCGCUGAAGCGUCUGUGCCUGUCUUUUUGAGGACUGGAACAUCUGGCUUGGUCUGAGCGUGCAUGUAUUCGUGCGUUUGUUUGAGCGAGUGAAUGUUUUAAACACGUUUUUUCAGUGUUUCGUUUGUUUUAUCGGGACUACCUGGCUGCACAUGUUUAAAAAAAGACGGUUCAUGAAUGAUAAUUUGUUUUGUUUCGUUUUAGACUGCAUUCUUGAAAACUAAAAUGAAUGCGUGAACAAUGGAUGAAUGAUAUUGUUACAUUUCUCCUCGAAUAAAUCCAACACUAU